AUGUCUGACCAAAACAUCUGCAACGCUGGUUUCACUUCCUCCGGGAUCUCAAGAGGAUCCCUUGCUUCAUCGAUGAUGUCCCAUGAAGCAAAAGCAUCUGGAGGAGGCGUGCAUUCUGGAGGUCCUACUUCUACUCUCCAAGAAAUGG